UAUUAAUAAAUUUUAUAAAUGGGUAGAGUCAUUAGAGCCCAGAGGAAGGGACACAGUUCUGUGUUCACCUCCAACUCUCAUAAAAGGAAAGCACCAGCUCAAUUCAGAAAGCUUGAUUACGCUGAAAGAAAUGGCUACAUCAAAGGUGUUGUUAAGGAUAUUAUCCACGACCCAGGAAGAGGUGCUCCUUUGGCCAAGGUUACCUUCAGAGAUGCCUACAAAUUCAAGCAACACACCGAAACUUUCGUUGCAGUAGAAGGAAUGUACUCUGGACAAUUUAUCUAUGCUGGAAAGAAGGCUUCUCUCAACGUUGGAAAUAUUCUUCCAUUGAGAUACAUCCCAGAAGGAACCAACAUCUGUAAUGUUGAAAAGGCCGCUGGAGACAAGGGAGAGUUCGCUAGAACCUCUGGAACCUCUUGUGUUAUCUUAGGUCACUCUGUCAGUGGAAGAAACACUAGAAUUAGACUUCCAUCUGGAGCCAGAAAGUCUCUCAAAUCCUCUUCAAGAGCUAUGGUUGGUAUCGUUGCUGGAGGUGGAAGAUGUGAAAAGCCACUGCUUAAGGCUGGAAGAGCUUUCCACAAGGCUAAGGCUAAGAAGAAGAACUUCCCAGUUGUUAGAGGUCAGGCAAUGAACCCAGUCGACCAUCCACAUGGUGGAGGUAACCAUCAACAUAUUGGACAUCCUGCUACCGUUGCAAGAGACACCCCACACGGUAGAAAGGUUGGUCUGAUUGCUGCCAGAAGAACCGGAAGAGUCAGAGGAUCAAGGAAGGAGAAGUAA